CCCGGAUCUGAUUGCGCUUCCACCACCACUCCUCCCCCCGACAUCAUGACCAACACCGCAGCUGCCAUCGUGCGCAAGGCCGGCUCGGCGAUCCGCCUCGGCAUGAUGCCUGCCGACGGCAUCGGGCGCGAGGUGCUGCCGUGUGCGCAGCGCGUGCUGCAGAACACGCCGGGCGCGCCCAAGUUUGAGUUCCUGCAGCUGGCCGCCGGCUUCGAGCACUUCCAGAAGACGGGCAGUGCGCUGCCCGACGAGACGAUCCGCGCGCUCAAGGAGGAGUGCGACGGCGCCAUGUUUGGCAGCGUCAGCUCGCCCAGCCACAAGGUCGAGGGCUACAGCUCGCCCAUUGUGCGCCUGCGCAAGGAGCUCGACCUCUACGCCAACAUCCGCCCCGUGAUCGGCGUGCGCGGCACCAAGGACGACGAGAAGUGGGUCGACACGGUGAUUGUGCGCGAGAACACCGAGUGCCUGUACGUCAAGUCCGAGACGUCCGAGUCGACGCCCGAGGGCCAGGUGGCUCGUGCCAUCCGGCAGAUCAGCGAGAAGGCCUCCACGCGCAUUGGCCGCAAGGCCUUUGAGGUGGCGCUUGCGCGUCAGUCGAUGCGCGAGAAGACGGGCGCCACGACGAGCGGCAACGCCGCCACGGCCAAGGUGACGGUGUGCCACAAGUCCAACGUGCUCUCCGUCACCGACGGCCUCUUCCGCACGUCGGUGCGCGCCGUGUACGAGAAGGACGCACGCUCGGCUGGUGGUCCCGGCCGCUACGCCAACGUGACGAUGGACGAGCAGCUCGUCGACAGCAUGGUGUACCGCCUGUUCCGCGAGCCGCACGUGUUCGACGUGGUGGUCGCGCCCAACCUGUACGGCGACAUCAUCUCCGACGGCGCCGCUGCCCUUGUCGGCUCGCUCGGUGUCGUUGCCUCGGUCAACGCCGGCGACACGUUCUUCAUGGGCGAGCCGGUGCACGGCUCGGCGCCCGACAUUGCCGGCCAGAACAAGGCCAACCCGAUUGCCUCGAUCCGCUCUGCCGCGCUGCUGCUCGAGUACAUGGGCUACCCCGAGCCGGCGCUCAAGAUCUACAAGGCCGUCGACGACGUGCUGCGCGAGGGCAAGUACCUCACGCCCGACCUGCACGGCAGCGCCACGACGACGCAGUGCGAGGAGGCCAUCCUCAAGGCGCUCGGCGCGUAAAAAGUAGACUCGUCUGCAAUGCGACAGAUGCUACUGUGGCAGAUGCGUGCCAUUGUCAUGUCCGCCGCAGGCCGUACUGCGCCAGCACGUCGGCCUCCUCGGCGGCGCUGGCGGCUGCUGCGGCGGGGCUGCGGAAGAGGAGAUCACUGCCGCCGGCGCUCUUGGG